UCAGCUCCGUGACUGUAAUAGUAUUCGCGCCCGGAGAUUCCCAUAGACUCAGUGGGAAGCAUUCUUACGACUUAAUAACACAGCCACACUGACAGACGAGACAGAGGCAGCAGAAAAUAGGGUGUGAGAGGGAGAGCUGCUGGUAUUUUAAACUGGAGGAGAGAGCAGAGGGCGGGCACAGGCUCAGAUGCAUAUGUAUUUUUUGACUGAUAUAGGAUCAUGGCCAUGAGCAGGACUGGGAUACAGCUGCAGUUUUUGCUGUACUGUGUGUCAGCGUACCUUUCACAGUACAAUCUGGACAAUAUUAUCCCGAUUCCUACAGCCCAGGGCCCGGGCCCAUAUGAAGUCUUGAAAAGAUUUGAUCCAUGUUGUCUGGUGGUCCCUCCACCCCCUCCAUUGUUCCUACCCCCUCCCAGUAUCUGGAAAAGGAGACCUGUCUUCCCUGGGCCUGUGGAGAGGGUAAGAGGGAGAGUGGAGGAUGAGGAGCAGGUGACAAAGGACUGUGUGGCGGGACCACCAGGACCUCCUGGGCCUGUUGGACCACAAGGUCAUGGUGGCAUCCCAGGGCUACAGGGACCCAAAGGAGAUAAGGGUGACAUAGGACGACCAGGGUCAAAGGGUCGUACUGGGCGUCCAGGUCUGCCUGGAAAACCAGGUGCUCCAGGAUUGCCCGGCUCAGAGGGACCUAAGGGAGAGAAAGGAGACCCAGGACUGAUGGGAAUUCCCGGGAUGAGUGGACCAGCCGGACCUAAAGGUUUGCCAGGACACAAGGGUGAGAAGGGAGUACGGGGUGAUUAUGGACCUGCAGGUCCUAAAGGAGACAAGGGAGAAAAUGGACUGCCUGGGAUGCUGGGACAGAAGGGUGAAAUGGGACCCAAGGGUGAGCUGGGUGUAUCAGGAAAACGUGGCCCUACAGGCCGACCAGGCAAAAGAGGCAAACAGGGGCCUGAAGGAGAGAAAGGUUAUCCAGGGCCCAUGGGACCUAAUGGUCCACCUGGGCCCACAGGCCACCCCGGACCUCCAGGAGUACCUGCAUCAGGACUGUUUGUUGUUGGAGAAAAGGGUGAGAAGGGAUUGACAGGCCCCCCUGGAUACUGCGACUGUAGCUUCCCUUCUCUCAGCAGCCCACCCAGUGCCCCAUUACAACACCGAAGCAAAUAUGACAGAGUUCCAGCGAUAUUUCUUGUAAGCAGCGAGGAAGAGCUAAAAGGUCUCCACACAGACAACGCAUUCGCCUUCAGGAAAGAUCAGAGGUCUCUUUAUUUUAAAAAUGAAAAUGGAUGGGAGCCCAUUCAGCUGAUGCCGCUCCAGGCGACAGAGAGGAUGAUGGGAGUGAAUGGAGUCUGCGGGGAUGGGGAGGUGCAGGAACUCAACAGGGAGGAAUGCGAUGAUGGAAACAAGGUUGUAACGGACGACUGCGUGGGCUGUAAAAAGGCAUUCUGUGGUGAUGGAUAUCGUAUGGAGCGUGUGGAGGAGUGUGACGGGAAGGACUUUGGCUACCACACCUGCAAAUCAUAUCUGCCAGGUACCUUUGGGCAGCUCAGGUGCACUGACUCCUGUUCCAUCGACCCAACCAGCUGUAAAUACAGGACCUGAGGCCCACAGAAGUUUACACAUUCACACAUACACAUACAACACACAGAUGUGGGACAGCCUGCUGAGAUCAAAAGUAUUUAGCAGACUAGCCAAGAGGAUUUGGCUGCGUUUCUUUCUGGCUCAUGACUCACUCACACGUAGGCUACACACAACUCGGCAGAUGCACUAUUUGCAGUACCUGCUCUUUGAAGCUAGGACGCUUUUAAUGGGAGCUGAGCUGGUGGCUAAAAGUUUGAAGCAAGUAAGGAGAUGUAUUAUGAAGAUCAUAAAAGCCGUAAUUAUUUAAAUUAAAUGAAUGAAUGUAUAAUAUGUUUAUAUGAAACUUAUUUAUUUGUUUGGUGUUGCAAAUGCAUGAGUACAUUUGUGCAUGCUUACAUUAUGUAUCAUGUUCUUAAAGAAUAAGGAAUAUGUCACUAGUACGUGCCUCAUUGUAACUCAUUUUAUUUUUUAUUUAAUGAAUUGUGUCCAACAUUUUACGAAAUGAUAGAUUAUAAU